AUGUACGUAGCCAAGCCCAAGCAGACGCAGCGCGCCAAGGCGCAGGAGAUCGCGCGCGUCAAGACCAAGAAAGGUCCGACCGUAGAGGAAUGUAUAGCCAAGAGGGACUUCACGGGCGCCUCGGCCAUCCUCGAGUUCAAUCUCAAGAGCGAUGACGCAGCGGCAGUGACGGGCCCUGCCAAGGCGGAGGAGAAGCGCAAGACGCUUCUAUGGCUCGCCUACACGUCCUUCCAUCUAGGCAACUACCAGCGCGCACUGGACGCCUACGAGCAACUGCGAGACGUAGACGACACGCCUGAGAUCUUCCUCUAUCGCGCCUGCUGUCUCUUCUACCUGCAAAUGUACAAGGAGGCAGCCAAAGAGGCCGAGAAGGGACCCGCAGGUCCACUUCAGAACCGCCUGCUCUUCCAUUGUGCCCACAAAUUAGGCGAUGAGGAUAAAUUAUUAGUGUAUCACCAACAACUUACAGACUCUAAGGAGGAUCAGCUGUCUCUAGCAGCGAUCCAUUACUUCCGGAACCAUUUCCAGGAAGCCACAGACAUCUACAAGCGCCUUCUGCUCGAGAACCGAGACGAUAUCGCUCUCAAUGUGUAUGUAGCCAUGUGUUACUACAAACUCGACUACUACGACGUGUCGCUCGAGAUCAUGCAGGCUUAUCUCCAAGCCUUUCCCGACAGUGUCGUGGCUGUGAACGUCAAGGCUUGCAACCAGUUCAAGCUCUACAACGGAGCUGCAGCCAAAGAUGAGAUCAAGACACUCACUGAUCGUGGCUACAACAUUGAACAGAACGAUCUAGUGAGCCAUAACAUGGUAGUGUUUGAGGACGGACAGCACGCGUUGAGAGUGCUCCCUCAGUUUGUGGACGCUCUACCUGAAGCUCGACUCAAUCUGGUAGUGUACUACCUCAAACACGACAAGCUACAGGAGGCAUAUGACCUUAUUAAAGACGUGGAGCCAUCUACACCGCAGGAAUAUAUUCUCAAAGGUGUAGUUCACGCUACAUUGGGCCAGUCAACGUCAUCUCGGCAGCAUAUCAAGACAGCACAGCAGUAUUUCCAGCUCGUUGGGUCCUCCCCUACUGAGUGUGAUACCAUCCCUGGACGCCAGUGUAUGGCGUCGUGCUUCUACCUACUCAAACAGUUCGAAGACGUCAACAUCUACCUCAACUCCAUCAAACAAUAUCUCUACAACGAAGAUGAUUUCAACUGGAACUUCGGAAUCUCGUUGUGUAACACUGGAUCGCACCAAGAAGCGCUUGAAACGCUGCUGCGUGUGCAGCAAGAAGACUAUCGCCACGAUUACUGCUACGUGAGUUGGUUGACGAGAUGUUACAUCUUGAACCACAAUCCGUCAGCGGCUUGGGAUUUGUACUUAAAGCUCGACAACUCGGACGAUUCCUUCAACUUGCUGCAGCUCAUCGCUCAUGAUUGCUACAAAAUGGGCGAAUUCCUCUACGCUGCGAAGGCAUUUGAUAUUCUAGAACGACUUGACCCGGAUCCGGAGUACUGGGAAGGCAAGCGUGGCGCUUGUGUGGGUGUUUUCCAGCGUGCAGUGGCGGGGAAAGCGACACGAGUGGAACUCGAGGAAGUGCUCAGUAUCCUCAAAGCGAAUAAUAACCCGCAAGUCGAGUACAUUGUGCGCAUCAUGAAGAAAUGGGGCGCUGAAAAUGGCAUCAACGUCUAAAAGAGCACCGGUCCUGCAGGUUAAACUCAGGGAGAUACAUCAAUUCACUUAGUUAAGAGU